GCCCUCUGUCCUCGUCGGGGCAAUCUUGCGGGGAAAUUCUGCCUGAGCAAGAGGCACUGCCUGACUCUCAUCCAGGUGAAAAGAAAAGUAACGGAAGAGGGUAAAAGUAAGUGUCGGGAUUACCAGACAGAAUGUCUUCCCAGUCAUCCUACAGGAAAAUGUUCGGCGGGGAGAGACCUAUUGCUAGGUCCAACUACUCAAGUCGUCAGUUCUCCGCCCCGACACGUACCAGGGUGUCGUUUGGCCUCCGCUCUGCCCCGACCAUCUACGCGACCAAAACUUCGAGGGUCCGCACCAGCGCACCUAUGCCUCGACUAGCAUCUGAAAAUUUGGAUUUUUCCCUGUCCGACGCCGUCAACACCGAGUUCAAGACCAAUCGCACGAAUGAGAAGGCGCAGAUGCAGCACCUGAACGACCGCUUCGCCAAUUACAUCGAUAAAGUGCGCUUCCUCGAGCAACAAAAUAAGAUACUGACCGGGGAGCUGGAACAUCUGCGGGGGAAAGGCACUUCGCGCAUAGGAGACCUGUACGAGGAGGAGAUGCGUGAACUGCGGCGGCAAGUUGACCAACUGACCACGGAGAGAGCCCGAGUGGAAGUCAACCGUGACAACAUGGCAGAAGACAUCGAACGACUCAAAGCAAAGCUUCAGGAUGAGAUGCUUCAGCGCGAAGAGGCAGAGAUGAACAUGCAGAGUUACAGACAGGAUGUGGAUAAUGCUGCUCUGUCUCGGUUGGACCUUGAGCGUAAGGUGGAGUCCCUGCAAGAUGAAAUUGGCUUCCUGAAGAAGCUGCAUGACGAGGAGAUGGUGGAGCUGCAGGGUCAGAUCCAGGAGCAGAAUGUCCAGGUGGACAUGGACGUCGCAAAGCCUGACCUCACGGCUGCCCUCCGCGAUGUGCGUCUGCAGUACGAGAACCUGGCCUCCAAGAACCUACAUGAGUCUGAGGAGUGGUACAAGUCAAAGUUUGCUGACCUGACUGAGUCUGCGGCCAGGAACACAGAGGCCCUGCGCUUGGCCAAGCAGGACGCUAAUGACUACCGUCGCCAGGUGCAGGCCCUCACCUGUGAGGUGGAUUCCCUCAAAGGCACUAACGAGUCUCUGGAGCGACAGAUGAGAGAGAUGGAGGAGAACUUCUCCAUGGAGGUGUCCGGCAACCAGGAAACCAUUACCCGGCUGGAGGACGACAACAACAACAUAAAGGACGAGAUGGCGCGCCACCUGAGGGAGUACCAGGACCUGCUCAACGUCAAGAUGGCGCUGGACAUUGAAAUCGCCACCUACAGGAAGCUGCUGGAGGGAGAGGAAAGCAGAAUUUCUACCCCGGUGCCAAACUUCUCUUCCCUUAAUCUAAGAGAAUCCAUGCUGGAGUCCAGACCACUAGAAAGUUCAAUGACAACAACCAAGAAGGUCCUCAUUAAGACCAUAGAGACCAGAGACGGACAGGUUAUCAAUGAGUCAACCCAGAACCCAGACAUGGACUGAGUGCUUCCUGAUGGAUGGCAUCCCUAAGAAAUAUGCUCCUCACGAGAGAGAGAGAGAGAGAGAGAGGUGGAUUUCCUUUUUGAGCCGUAGAAGCUAUGCUCCAUUUAUGCUCCGCAAACAAAACACAACUAAAAACUUCUGGUGAUUGCAUAGCUACGUGACCCGAGUAAUCAAAGAACCUGCUUUAAAGAAGUGCCUUACUGCUACUGGUGGAGAAGAGUGAAGCAAGCCAAGCCAGAGUGUGCUGUAUAACAUGUAGAACUGCCCCUUAGAGAGAGAGAGAAAGAGAGAGAGAGAGAGAGAGAGAGAGAGAGAGAGAUGCUCCUGGGACCAGCACAGUUACACUGACGCAAUGCUUACGCUAUGACAGUCUUAGUUAGCACAAACAGAGAAGAUUCUUUUCUGUGUUACUAAACCCUGGAAAUAAAUAGCGACUUCCCUCUUCCUUCAAGUCUCACUUAUUGCAAAGUUGUCUCUACAUAUUGGUAGCCAUUGGUAGCCUUGUGUAGAAUGCCAUUUGCCAUCUGCCUCUAAAUUAAAGUAAUUAGCCUAUUACUACUAUGACUAGAUAAUUUGAACAUGUCUAAACAUCCUUAGUCCUACCUUAUUGAAUUACCUGUUUGCAUUUGGAGGUUUGUGAAGAUCAAAUUAUGAACACAUGUGAACACUCACUUAUGUGCCAAAGUGUACACCUAAUCACAGAAAAGUUGACAAAGGUAGAUGAAAAACACAGACAGGACAUUCCAAAUGAGAUUGUGUUUCACUGCAGUAAUAUAUCAAAGCAUGACAUAAAUGUAACACUCCAUCCAUAAUCAUAUUGGCAAAACUAAGCCAUCCUCUGGGAAGUGCUCUCUAAGAGUUUAAAGUGAGCAGACCAGAAGAUGAAGCCUUGUGAGUGUUAUGUAUCACUGCCACCCAAUGGCCACUGAUAGUUAAAGCAGGAUGGUGAAGCCAACCACUAUACUACACUCCAAACAUUUUCACAAAAGAUUUUUUUUGCAAAAGAUGCUUACACAUAUUUUCAUAUUUUUUGCAAACAUGUAUGCUCUAGUAUAUUUACAAAGGCAAUACAAGUUAUUUGUCUGCUAACAUUACAAAUAAAUAAAUUAAAAACUGAAAUAUACUACUUGAAUACGUAUUCAACCCCACGUGCUUUUGAGUUCCAGAUUAAGGCAGAUUGGGUACUACCUAUGAGUGGUUAAAGUAGAGACUUCCUUCUGGCAAUGAAAAUCACCCUGUCUAAGGGUCAUCAGGCAGACUGUGAAAUAACAGAGAAAGUGAAGACUAAUAAAAAACAAGGUGAUUCAAAUUAUUGAGUAAGGAAAAGGCUACAAGAAAAUAUCUAAGUGUUUUGCUAUCCAAUUGGGCACCAUUGGAGCCAAAGAAAAUGGAAGUUGCAUCACAUCAUUCAGAUGCUUUGUAGAAAAGGCUGUCCCCCAAACCAAGCACACGGAAGAUAUGAACUGGUAAGGGAUGCCACUACAGUCCUGCCAUCAUCCUGUGGCUAGAAUUGGAGUGCAGGUGUAGGACUCCACUUAAGAGCUAUCAAUAAAACUGCGCUGUAUUAGAGGGUGUUCUAGAAUUGUUCUAGAAGAUCCUCAAUAAAACAUUUGUUGAAAUGGCUUAAGAUAUGGGAAAAGGGUUUUAUGGUCAUAUGAGACCGAAAUAUAGCUUUUUUGGCAAACCCUCAAAGCACUAUGUGUGGUGUAAAUGUAACAGUAACAAUGUAACAACAUAUGGCAGUGGUAACAUGAUGCUGUGGGGAUAUUUUUGUCUGCAGGAACUGGGAAACAUUUUAGGAUUGAAUGGAGAAUGAAUGGAAAUAAAUUCUACUCAGCUUCACAAAAAAA